CAUGCGUAAACGGAGCCUAUGUCUCCUCUCUCUCUCUCUCUAUCUAUAAAUACAUGUGCGUCUGAAUAAUCCCUCCCCUCUUACAACAUCUACCUAGAUUUUCGACUUACAGUUACACACAGCCAUCAUGGAGGAAGGGAAAGAAAAGAUCCCCGCCGGAGAAUAUACCGCCGUGGCGGCGCCGACACAAGGGAAAGGCGGCUUCCGCGCCACCAUGUUCGUAUAUGCGUUGUUGGGGCUGGAUAGCAUGGGAUUCGUGGCGAACAUGGUAAGCCUAGUCCUCUACUUCUCGUACAUUAUGUACUUCGACCUCUCGGCCGCGGCCAACACGCUCACCAACCUCAUGGGCUCGACCUUCUUGCUCUCCAUCGUCGGUGGCUUCAUCUCCGACACUUACAUUAGUAGGUUCGCCACUUGUCUCAUUUUCGGCGUCAUCGAACUCGUGGCUCUGACAAUGAUGACAAUCCAAGCGCACAACCGUAGUCUCCUCCCGGCGCCGUGCCUCCACUUGUCGCAUUGUCUCGAGGGCGGCAAGGCCGCCUACUUCUACAUUUCCCUAUGUCUAUUAGCGCUCGGCACCGGAGGCACUCGAGGCGCCCUCCCGGCCCUCGGCGCUGACCAAUUCGACCCGAAGGAUCCGAAAGAAGCCAAGGGCCUCACAAGCUACUUCAAUUGGCUUAUCCUAAGCUCGGUUUGCGGCGCCUGUGUUGGAGUCACCGUCAUCGUUUGGGUCGCGACCAACACCAACAACCACAACUGGUGGAAAGGUUUCCUCAUCACGCUCCUCGCCUCGUUCGUCGGGUAUGCCAUCCUCGCUCUCGGCAAGCCCUUCUACCGUCUCCAAAUCCCCGACGAUAGCCCUCUCUUAAGAGUCAUACAAGUUGUAGUUGUCGCGGUGAAAAACCGGAACUUGCGCGCCACCACCGAGCUAUACGAGGUUCGGCGGAAGGAUACGGAGGCGACGGCAGCCAAAAUUGCGCAUACGGACCAGUUUAAGUGGCUCGACAAAGCCGCGAUUCUCCCCCCGAGCAAGGAGCCGUCGCCGUGGAACGUUUGCACGGUGACACAAGUCGAGGAAGUUAAGGUUCUUACGCGGAUGAUGCCGAUAUUAUUCAGCACCGUCGUGAUGAACACUUGCCUCGCACAGCUGCAGACGUUCUCCGUCCAACAGGGCUACAUAAUGUACCGUUAUCUCGGGUCGUUCCAAGUCCCGGCCGCGUCCGUUCCCAUCAUCCCCCUCGUCGUCAUGGUCGUCCUCCUCCCGUUAUACGACCGCAUAUUCGUGCCGUUUGCGCGGCGUCUGACGAACCACCCGGGCGGCAUCACCCAGCUCCAACGAGUCGGGGUCGGGCUCGUGCUCUCUGCCAUGUCGAUGUCAAUCGCGGCGUUGGUCGAGGUGAAGCGACGGGACCAAUCGUUGAAGGACCCGCUGCACCCGAUCAGCCUCUUCUGGCUGUCGUUUCAGUACGGGAUUUUCGGGAUCGCGGACAUGUUCACGCUCGUCGGGUUGCUCGAAUUCUUCUACAAGGAGGCACCCGCCGGGAUGAAGUCGUUGUCGACGUCGUUUACGUGGAUCUCGCUCUCGUUGGGGUACUUCCUCAGCAGCGCGCUCGUCGACGCGAUCAACGCCGUGACCAGACGCGCCGCGCCGAGUAAGCAGGGUUGGCUCCACGGGCAGGACUUGAACAAGAACAACUUGAACUUGUUCUAUUGGUUCUUGGCUAUCCUCAGCCUUCUCAACUUCUUUCACUAUCUCUAUUGGGCAAUGUGGUACAAAUACAAGAACGAGGACGAGGAUUCCGACGGCGGUAAGGACGUGGCCGCGACGGGCGGCAGCCCGUUGCCGCAGUCGAUCAGCACUAGCACCGUCCCGUUCCUUAAGACGGGCGGCGCAGCCGAUAACAACGGCGGCGGCGACGACGAAUCGAAAGCGGAUGAAUAUUUUGGCCAAAAAGGUUAGGAUCGAAUAGGAAAUGUGUAAUGAAAGGCAAGAUUUUGCCGUUAGAACUUUUCAUGUAAUAUUGAUACAUUCAGGCUUUGUGCUUGUCAUUUUUGAACAUUACGUAAUGGUCCGAACCGGACAUGGGCUAAUAAACAUGAAGGACUGAGGAGUUGGUUCU